GAUAUGUUCGGCAUUCUUCACCCAAACAACAACAACAACCAAAAAAAUGUAAAAAUUGAUGCAGACACAACUGAGGUGAAUUUCAGUUUUAGAGAAGGAUGAGUUCCAGCCAAAUUAUAUCUAAGGUAAAAAGGUAUAUUGAGGAAGACAGACCAAGGAGAUUAAGGACAUAUGUAAAGAAACAUCAUAUAAACUUGUCAGACAUCACACUAAACAAGGGUAGAAAUCUUCUCCAUUACUGCUGUAAACAUGGAUUUGGGCCAAUAAUGAAGUACCUUUUAUCAGAAGGUGUGAGUUGCUUAGACAGGGAUACAAGCUUGAAUACUCCAGUACAUGUUGCACUUCAUCGUGCUUUAACACUUGAGGACGAAGGGAAAACGGCUUUAACAACACAGUGUUACACAGAAAUGAUACUGCCAUUGAUAGAGCGAUUCCCUGGUUCCCUUGACAUGAGAAAUAAAUCUGGUGAAAGUUGUAGAAACCUUCUGCAUACAUUGGUACAGAGAAGGGAACCAUCACAAAAAUAUGAGGACAGUAAAACUGGAGUUGAUUCUGAUCUAGACGAGACAGCCUGGAGAGACAAACUAGCAGAUGAAUGCCAGUAUGAAUAUAGUACAGCAUGGGGCAAAUAUGAACAGGGUUUUACCAGUUAUGAAGCUGAAAAUGAAACUUAUGAUGACUGGGCAGAUAGAAUAAGAGAGGAGUUUUAUGCAAGGAAGAGGGCCAGUAGCUUGCAUUAUCAGAGUGCUGAAAGUACCAGGCAGAAAUCUAAACGUAAACAUUCAGAUACAGGUCAGCAAGAAAAUGAAAGCUUGGAAAGUGCUCGAGCUAAAAUGAGGAAGAAGUUUGAAGAGAACAGACAACAAGAACGAGAGAUGGAUGUGUUAAAGAAGAGAAUGAAAUAUGAACAAAGAUACAAACAGCUGUUGGAGAACAAUUUUAUAUCAGUGUUAAGGUUUGAUGAUAUACCAUGGCCUAGUGUUAAAGGGCAGGAACAUGAUAUAACAGUGCUGUUUGAAGGGAUGGAUAAAGCAGGGAUGGAAUACAAGAAAUAUUUACGAGACCAACAGAUUCGCUGGCAUCCUGACAAGUUCUUACAAAGAUUUGGAAGAUAUUUGGACAGUGCAGAGAAAGAGAAAGUUGUACAAAGAGUAACAGUUUUAUCUCAGAAUUUGAACAAGCUGGUAACUUAACUAUGAUUGACUUAGCUAGGCUUCACUUAGCAACGAUAUAAUAGUAUUAUCAGCUGUUACUGUGAUACUGUAACUCAAUAUUGACAUAACCACUUUUAACUUAAAUCAGUUUACAGAAAUAAAUUUGUUACCGGUA